GAGAGAGAGAGGGAGAGGGAGGGAGAGAGAGGGAGAGAAAAAGGACUCUCCCUCAUUUAACUUCCAACCACCACCACGACCACCACCAUCACCACCACCACUACUACUACUACUACUACUACUACUACUACUACUACUACAACUACUACUACUGCUACUACUACUGGUGUGAGUGAAAAAUAGUGAUAAUAAGGAUAUUUUUUUUUAUUUUCGAAGAGAAGUUAAAAUAGAAGAGAGAAAUAAGAGAGAAGAAAGGAAAAGGAGACAAGAAAGAACAAAAAGAAAGACAUAAAGAGAGAGAGAGAGAGAGAGAGAGAGAGAGAGAGAGAGAGAGAGAGAGAGAGAGAGGGAAAGAGAAGAAGAAGAAGAAGAGACAGAUAAAAAGAAAGGAAAGGAGAAAGAGAAAGAGAAAGAGAAAGAGAGAGAGAAAGAAGAAAGAGAGACGCAGGAAGAAAAAAGUGAGAGAAAAAAGAGGAAAAGAAAGAGAGAGAUAAUAAAAAGAGGAAGAGACAGAGAAGAAAAGAAAAUAGAAAGAAAAGUGAAGAAUCCCGUUAAUAAAGGAGAGAAUAAGUGAAUUUGAGUAAAAAAGAAAGGAAAAAAGGGAAAGUGUGCGAAAGAUAACAGAUGAAAAAUAAAUAAAGGAAAACAGGAAGAAGAAGAAGAAGAAGAAGAAGAAGAAGAAGAAGAAGAAGAAGAAGAAGAAGAAGAAGAGAAGAGAGAGAGAGAGAUAAAGAAAAGAUAAUGAACAUGGAAAUAAUACCAAACACAACAGCUUCCUGUGAGGAGGGGUGUGCGCCGCGCCCCUGGGAGGAGGAGGAGGUGUGGGGCGCCUUCAGGAGGUGGCACAUCCUAGCGCUUACAUCCCUUGCCGUUCUCGCCAUAACCAUGGUGUUCUGCUGCGCGUGUCGUUGCCGUGUCCCGCGCACCAAACAAGAGAUAGAGGCAAACCACAUCAGAAGAAACCUUGCCAAGAAAUUCCACCGCCAACUUAAGAUAAUCCACAAUUCUGAGAUGGAUGAGAUGGAUUUGCUGAAGGCGUUGGAGAGGCUGAGGGAGGAGCUUCGGGCGGACUCCAGCAGCCUCGCCCAAUCAGAAGCCUUCUCUGCCCUCUCCUUCACGCCCACCGGCACGCCCACCUAUAGGAAAGGAUCUGAACUCAACCUGGGUUUGUCGCUGGAGGAGCUACGCCUGGCCACCGCUCAGCAGGGCUCGGUGACCAGUCUGCGGGGGCGUGUGACGGGGCUUAUCUCAGGGGCACUGAAUAAGUUACGGCGUUGAGGAGGAGGAGAAGGAGGAGGAGAAGGAGAAGGAGGAGAAGGAGAAGGAGGAGAAGGAGAAGGAGGAGAAGGAGGAAGGAG